UUCUUCUUCUUCCCCCACCCCACGUCCAAGAGCUGGACCCCUACCGGCAUCUCUCUCUCUCUUCUUCUCUAGGCCUCCUAGGUACCCGCUGCUGCCUCUCGGGCCAGGGGCUGCGCGGGUGCGGUUGCUUUAGCCCUCUGGCCGCGCUCCCGCUUCUUGCCACCCGCAGCUGGGACUGGAGGGGCGAUCUACUCGCCCAGACUGACUCCGAAAGAGCGACAGCCUAUGCCCUGCCGCACCGAGGCAACGGGCGAGCGGGUGUCCAGGGGCAAGGCGGGGGUGAUGGGGAGGACGAGGCAUCGGAGACUCUGAAUCUCGGAAAAGUUCAAGGUUUGUGUAGGUCCCUCAGGGAAGGCGAGGAGAGGUGUGAGGUGGGGCAGGGCAUCCCUAUGCUCAGACAGUGACACCCUACCGGAGAGGAGAGAAAAGGGUAGCCCGGUGCUGCCGAGGACUGACCACCCCAUCUCUCAUCUUACAAUCCUUACGGGCUGGAUAUUGAAGGAGACGCUCCGGGAAGAAACGGCUCGAGCCCGGGCGCCUUAGCUGGUGCUUCUGCUCCUCCGCACCUCCAAGCUUCAUCUCCAUGGGGCAGCGGGUGCCUAGAGCUCCACCCUUGCUCCAGCCGAACCCCAGCCCGGCCAGGCGGCGCCGAGUCGGCCUGUGCUAGCGCAGACCGGCGUCGAGACUGGAGAGAGCGCUGGAGUCCAAGACCAAGCACUGCGAAGGGACAAACAUCUGGUCACCCACCUCAGGCGUUUCGUCUGGGCGUCGCCUAGGGUGGUGGCGACCCACGCUGCCUGUCUCAUCCCUGCAAGGAAACUUUUCCUUCCCCGGAUGGAUUAAAGUUCCCUGGAUUUUCUCUCUCUUUGCGAAAGAAAUCAUCCGUUUCCUCCCGACCUGGGAUUUUCCCGACUGCUGCAGGGCGCUUGGAAGAGGAAGAAAGCGGCGCUGUGCUUUUGGGGUUACCACCGAAACUGAGGCGAUUCGAGCUCGCGUAGGGGAUCUGUACCUUCGAGCGAGUACGGAUCUGAGCGGCGCGGCGAGGCCAGGGGCUUCUGCACGCGGCCCUCCGCAGCCGCUGGGACGCCGGUGGCCACCGGGCCCUGGGACCGCACGUGCGGCUCCCCCCUCGCCUCGCAGAUCCUGCAGGGGGCACCAGCCCGGGGAGGUGGAGACUCCUCCCGCCCCGAGCUGCGCCCCCGCCGGCUCCGAGGGUGUAGCCGGUGGUGCCCGGGACGCCCCUCCCCUCAAAGUGUCCCCGAAUUGCGCUUUCUGGCCCCCGAAGUCUCAACAGGCACAGCUGGGAGCCAGUGAGUUGGAGGCGACCGAGCCCAGCCUGAGACCAAUUCGCCGUGGACCUCUGCACCCUCGCACCCUUCCUACCCCCGCCUCGGCCAUGGCCCCAGGGGUGUCGGGCCGCCGCGGCGCCGCCCUACUCUGCCUCUCUGUGCUGCUCGCCCACGCCGCCAGCCGCUCUCAUCCGGCCAGCCCCAGUCCCCCGGGACCUCAGGCUAGCCCUGUACUACCGGUCAGCUACCGCCUGUCGCACACCCGGCUGGCCUUCUUCCUAAAGGAGGCGCGGCCGCCAACGCCAGUAGCGAUCAACGGCUCCCUGCAGCGCUCGGAGCCCUUCGUGGUGUUCCAAACCAAGGAGUUGCCGGUCCUCAACGUGUCCCUGGGGCCCUUCAGUACCAGCCAGGUGGUAGCGCGGGAGCUCCUGCAGCCGUCCAGCACCCUGGAUAUCCCCGAGCGCUUGACGGUCAACUGGAAGGUGCGCGCCUUCAUCGUGCGCGCCCGCGUGCCUGCUUCGCAGCCGGUAGCACAGGUGCUCUUCUAUGUAGCUGGCCGCGACUGGGACGACUUUGGGGUCACCGAAAGGCUGCCUUGUGUCCGCCUUCACGCCUUCCGCGACGCACGCGAGGUGCGGAGCUCAUGUCGCCUGGGAGGGGCUUUGGCCACCUGCUUGGUGCGUGCAGAGCUGCCCCUGGCCUGGUUCGGUCCUCCGGCCCCGGCCGCGCCUCCCAGCACCCGCCGCAAGUCCCCCGACGGACUGGAGCCGGAGGCUGCAGCCGAAAGCCAGCAGGUCGAGCUCUACUACACGCUGCACGCCCCCGAUGCGGUGGGCGGCUGCGGGAACGCGCGGCGCGGGCCCGGGCCCGGAGCGGCGGCGCGCGCCGAAAGCCCCACGCAGCACCCGCUGCUGAGAAUCGGCAGCAUCAGUCUGUUCAGACCGCCGCCGCGCAGGGCCGUGCAGGAGCACAGGCUAGACAGCAACCUGAUGAUCCGCCUGCCAGACCGGCCACUCAGACCUGGAGAGGUACUCAGCAUCCUCCUCUACCUGGCACCCAAUUCCUCCUCAGCUACCAGCCCCAGCGUGGAGCACUUCACUCUUAGGGUGAAAGCCAAGAAGGGGGUGACCCUCUUAGGCACCAAGUCACGAAGUGGCCAGUGGCAUGUGACUUCAGAGCUGCUCACUGGGGCAAAGCAUUCAACAGCCACUGUGGAUGUGGCCUGGGCCCAGGGCACACCCCUACCCCCUUGGGAGGGCCAGGGACCCCUGGAGAUCCUGCAGCUGGACUUUGAGAUGGAGAACUUCACCAGCCAGUCUGUGAAGCGGAGGAUCAUGUGGCACAUUGAUUACCGAGGCCACAGUGCCCUGCCCGACUUGGAGCGAGCCGUCACUGAGCUGACGGUCAUCCAAAGGGAUGUACAAGCCAUUCUGCCUCUGGCCAUGGACACAGAGAUCAUCAACACUGCCAUCCUUACCGGGAGGACUGUGGCCAUUCCCGUCAAGGUCAUUGCUAUCGAGGUGACUGGCCUUGUCCUGGAUGUUUCUGACCUAGUGGAGUGCCAAUCUCACAGUGAGGACAUCAUCAAGGUGUCCAGCAGCUGUGACUAUGUGUUUGUAAGCGGGAAGGAGUCUCGAGGGUCCAUGAACGCCAGAGUCACCUUCCGCUAUGAUGUCCUCAGUGCCCCCCUGGAAAUGACAGUCUGGGUCCCCAAGCUACCUCUGCACAUCGAGCUCUCAGAUGCUCGCCUCAGCCAAGUGAAGGGAUGGAGGGUGCCUAUCCUUCCCGACAGAAGGUCAGCUCGAGAGAGUGAAGAUGAGGAGGAAGAGGAAGAAGAACGAAGACAGAGUGCCAACCGAGGCUGUACUCUGCAAUACCAGCAUGCCACGCUGCAGGUCUUCACCCAGUUUCACACGACAUCAUCUGAGGGCACUGACCAGGUGGUCACCAUGUUGGGCCCCGAUUGGCUGGUGGAAGUCACUGACCUGGUUAGUGACUUCAUGCGGGUGGGUGACCCCCGAGUGGCCCACCUGGUGGACAGCAACACGCUGGCUGGACUGGAGCCAGGCACCACACCCUUUAAGGUGGUAUCCCCCCUGACUGAGGCUGUGUUGGGGGAGACAUUGCUGACGGUGACGGAGGAGAAGGUCAGUAUCACACAGCUGCAGGCCCAGGUGGUGGCCAGUCUCACCUUGUCCCUGAGACCCAGCCCUGGGAGCAGCCACACCAUCCUGGCUACCACAGCUGCACAGCCUACCCUCAGCUUCGUCAAGCAGGAAGCCUUGCUGAGUGUGUGGCUCUCCUACAGUGAUGGAACAACAACCCCACUCUCUCUCUACAGUCCCCGGGACUACGGGCUUUUGGUGAGCAGCCUGGAUGAGCGGGUGGCCACUGUGACCCAGGACAAGGCUUUCCCACUGGUGGUGGCCGAAGCAGAGGGGGCGGGAGAUCUGCUCCGAGCGGAGCUCACCAUCUCAGAGAGCUGCCAGAAAACCAAGCGCAAGAGUGUGCUGGCCACUACCCCAGUGGGCCUGCGGGUGCACUUUGGGCGGGACGAGGAGGAUCCCACAUAUGACUACCCAGGGCCCAGCCAACCGGGGCCCGGUGGGGGCGAGGAUGAAGCCCGAGGAGCUGGUCCACCUGGCACUGCCAUUCCUGCUGGUGAGGUUCCUGGAUUGGGCACUGCCGGCCCUGUGCCACCCACAGAGGACUUCUUGCCGCUGCCUACCGGCUUCUUGCAGAUGCCCAGGGGGCUGACAGACCUAGAGAUUGGUAUGUACGCCCUGCUGGGGGUCUUCUGCCUUGCUAUCCUUGUCUUCCUCAUCAACUGCAUCGUUUUUGUGCUGCGAUACCGGCACAAGCGCAUCCCUCCAGAGGGCCAGACCAGUAUGGACCAUUCUCACCACUGGGUGUUCCUGGGCAACGGGCAACCACUACGGGUACAAGGUGAGCUGUCACCGCCUGCAGGGAGCACACUGGAAACCGUGCCUGCCUGCUGCCACGGUGAUCACCACAGCAGCGGCAGUUCGCAGACCAGCGUCCAGAGCCAGGUGCACGGCCGUGGGGACGGCUCUUCUGGGGGCUCCGCCAGGGACCAGACAGAGGACCCUGCUAGUUCGCCCACUUCUAAGCGCAAGAGGGUCAAGUUCACGACCUUUACCACUCUGCCCUCGGAGGAUCUGGCUUAUGACUCAGUGCCUGCUGGCGAAGAGGAUGAGGAGGAUGAAGAGGACCUGGGUUGGGGUUGUCCAGAUGUGACCGGAACUACGCGGCCCACUCCACCUCCGGACCUGCACAAUUACAUGCGCAGAAUCAAAGACAUUGCAUAGUGGUGACUUGGGGGUGGGGGAUAUCCCCACACACAUAGCGGCUUCUGGCUGGGACUCCGCCUGGACCCACCCAGCUCGCAGGGACUCUGGGCAGCUGAAUGGAUUUUAUAGUCCCUGCCACUGCAGCGUCGGUCUGGCCGGUUGUGGCCAGAUCCAUUUUGACCUUCUGCCCCAUUGCCAGGUAGAAGGCUCUGUCUAAACCCAGCGUGAAGCAGGGAGACAGUUCAGCCCUGUUCACCCUUUCCAAACCUCAUUCCAUCUUAGACAUCCCCACAGUCCCGAGAUUGUGUCGCCAUGACUAAACUUGGGGCCGAGUGGGCCCACACUGUGCCCUGCUAUGCCUCCCAUGUCCCCAAUGGUGCCCCCUAUUGCAGGGGGACCCUAGUGGGGUCUUGUGUCACAGGCUGCACAAAGACUUUUCUUAAACCAAUAUUCAGGGAUUUCCGUCCUGCAGGGUGGGAAGUGGCGGCUGCCCGCCUUGUCAAGGAUCUUGCUGCAGACAGAACAUUUGAGUGUUGGGGGGCAGUUGUGAUGUCUGCUGGUUUCUAGGCAUCUCCCAAGCAUGGAGCUAACUACAGAGGGUCCAGUGUGAAAUGGACACUUCCUGUGGUUUUCACUGUUCCUUAGACUUGGGGAGGGCUCAGGUGAGAGGGGCUUUCAUAUUUGUCUGACCAAACCCCACCCACACAGCAAGCGCAGAUGAUGUGCAGCCUGUCCCCACAGCAAGACCAACACUACUGCGCCUUAGCCUGGGCUCUGCUUACUCCUGCUCCCCUCCACACCACAGGGCAGGCAACCACAGCCAGCAUCCCUGAGAUGGAGGGGCCAACUGGGAGUAUUGCAAGGGCCCAUGGGGUGGGUGAAGGCAAAGGAAGCUAUUGCUCAAGCGCCUUGCCCAUUUCCCCAGCCACACCUCUUGGGUUCUACCCACCACCACUGUGUCCGUUUUUCAUAAAUAAAUGGAAGGCAUUGGCCUGGGUUGGGGGCAGCAGCUCCCUGCAA